AUGCGGUAUGAGGAAGACGGCAGCGGCGACGGGCACAACCGUCGUUCCAGCAGACAAGCGGUCUACUACAGAAGGAAGUGUUCCUGGAAAUGUGACUGUGAAGCAAUGCCUACACUCUGCUUUUACAUCAUUGUGGCUAUAGUUCUCGGCUUGAUUUUCAUUACUAUUUUUGCUACGGUCAUCCGAUUCCUUUGGUAUGCUCCAGUAGGAGACACGAGUACUUACCAAGAUCAAAUUCCUGUUGACCCAUCAUCGAUAUCAACCAUCUUCUGUGACAGUGUUCAAGUCGAAAACGAAGACAAUUAUGGUAACAUGUACCUCCACGUCUUUCCACACACUCCACCUCUCACUCUUUGGCAAACAUUCAAUGUGACUGAAGACUUGACAAUCGAUCCAAACGCUUUAAGUUACAAUUAUUUCUACAUGAGUCAGCAAUCCCAAGUCAAUGUUGAGCUAUGUGCUCAGCCAAGUAUAUUGUUGUAUGUGUUCUGGGGUGACAUCAAUUUCGAGUCGUGGAGGCAUGGCGAUGAUUAUGACGUCGUUUUCCACAACCGUUAUUCUGGUCCAUGUUUGAAUGGCACAAAUGGUUUCGCUUCUAUUGAUGUCGGAUCCAACGAUGACUAUUAUGUUUUUGCGAUCAAAAACGACAACUUGGUAAAUAAGACAGACAUCAACAUGACACUGGCUUUCAAUCGUACCAUGUACAACAUCUCGGCCAUGUCUGGACAAGCAUGUCAUGUCAAUCCAACUUGCUCUCUUCCUCUUAACUUUGCAUCAAGUCAGUUUCCUUUGAUAGUUACAAACGGUACUGUUUAUUCAGCUAACCAGUUCAACAGUACUUCGACAUGUAGCCCUCGUAACUGGUUCUAUGGUGUAGCGUUUGUUCUUCCGGCUGGACUUUUACUUGCGAUAACUAUCGUCAUCUGUAUCAAGCGUUGUAGGCAAAACCCUACUGAAGACUCAGCACGACUGCUGCCUAAAUCCAAUUCCAAAAAGGAUGUACUAGAUGAUUCACAUCCAAACGUCCAAGAAACCACUGAGAUGUGAAGAAAACUCACAAAUUUAUCCUAAUAUUCCGGAUAGCUUAUCGGACUUGUUCAACUUGUCAUUGAGAGUAGCAAUGUAUUUGUUGAUAUAUCUGUUUCCAGAAUAGUCACGUGUCUGUUUGAUGGGAUUGGUAUGAAAUAUACGUGUACUAUAUUAUGUGUGUGCUUUACAAGUAAAAUUUGUAAAUUGUAACGCAAAAACAAA